UAUCAUUAUUUUCCUGGGCUUUCCUUAUUUCAUUUUCUAUCCUAUCAACUGCAUCCAUGGUACUCCUACCUUUCUUAAACCCACUCUGAUAAUUUGCUAUCUUUCCCUUGUUUUCAAGCUCAUAUGAUUGUCAUGGUGGGCCGCGUAGCCCCCCUGGUCCUUGUGUGCUUCAGUGUACCUGUCUCUCCUUGUGUUUCCUGGCUGUCCCCUGUCCAUCCUUGUGUGUGCAUGUGGGUGUGGGUGUGUCUGUGUUCUGGUCUGGCUUCCCGGUCUCCUGUCUGCUGCUGAUCACCGGCACACCUGUCUUCAAUCAUCGCUGAUCGACAUGAUUUAUAUACCAAGCACCUCCACACUACCACUGCCAGAUCGUCCUCCAUACUCGCACUCUCGCUCCACCGGUGAUCACUGCCUCAGUCUGCCCUUCGGAUCAUCCGGAUAUCGACUACCACGCCAGUCUCGCCAUCCAGCCGAUUUCGCCUCCGGAGCCUGCCCGGCUACCCGCACUACACGCCCAGCUUCACUGAUCCUCGGCCUGGUCGGCUCAGCCCCCUCCACUACGCUUGCCAGUCCAGAGCCAGGCCACCUUGUCUCCGUCCGGAGCGCCGCCAGUCUCAUCUCUGACCCGGCCCGGUCGAAUCCUCGGGGAGGCCACGGGUCACGCCGGAUUCUUCGUUCACUUACAAUUAUCUGCACAUUAAAACCUGUCCAAAUAAACCCACGACAGAAUGAUCUGGCCAACAUGGACCCAGUGGAACCCAGAUCGGAUGAGUUAAAAGAACUGGUGUUGGACCUGUCGAGUUUGCUGGAAAUUUGGGGAACAGCCAGCAACGAGCAGUCCAGGCAGACUGUCAAAGCCUGCCGCGCGCCUGCAUGCCCUGGCUGUGGGACUCCCUUCCUGAGUGGGCCAAGAUCUUUGUGUCUGCUUCAGUGCUGUCCAGUCGUGAUGUUCCAACUUGGCGACGGGGAAUCAUGA